AUGCCACCUCUCUUCUCCCUCGAGACACCAGUCAAGUCCCUGACGACGCUCUUCGUCGCCUGGAAGGGCGUCCUCCUCGCGUUUGCUCUCGGCGCCGUCAUUGGGCCCGACUACGACACGUCCACUUCCAUUUUCUUUGAGAUCCUCUACGGCAGCAAGGCGCACGUCCCGUACCUGGCAACCGUGCUGACGAGAUGGGAUGCCCUCUACUUCGUGCAGUACGCCCGUCAGGGGUACGUGUUUGAGCAGCAGUGGGCUUUCGGAGCCGCCUUGCCAGCUGCUGUGCGCGCACUCAUCAACUUAAUUCCCUCGUGGCUUGUCGAUACCGACGCCGUCGUCAUCGAGCCGCUCGUCGCCAUCGCGCUCGUCCACCUCUGCCAUCUCACCGCCGUGCUGGCUCUCUAUCGGCUCACCAUGCUACUAUCAAACGACAACAAGCUGGCUUUCGUCGCCUCAGCGCUGCACAUCUUCUCACCUGCCGGCGUGUUCCUUUCGGCCCCGUAUGCGGAGAGCCCAUUUGCUGCCCUGGCCUUUGUCGGCAACCUGCUCUUCGCCCUGGGCAUUAAGAACAAACGCGAGCCGGUGAAACGAUUCCUCCUGAUCGUAGGAGCAGGCCUUGCUUUUGGCCUUUCCACCGCCUUUCGAAGCAAUGGGCUGGCUAGCGGGACAUUAUUCGCUGUUGGGGCCAUCAACUGCCUCGUGGCGCUCUUGAAGGAACCCAGUGUCGACAAGGUGUUGGCUCUGGCCGCGCCGGGCAUCGGCGGUCUUUGCGUUGCCGCAGGAUCCAUUAUUCCGCAGUAUUUCGCAUGGAAGCGCUACUGUCACGAUGCAUUGCCCGAGCUGGGUCCGCGGCCGUGGUGCUCACGCACGAUACCAAGCAUUUACGAGUUUGUACAGGAGGAGUACUGGGAUGUUGGCUUUUUGCACUACUGGCGGCCGAGCCAUGUUCCGCUAUUCGCCGUCGCGGCUCCCAUGCUCAUGGUGCUCAUCAUGUCCGGGGUCGAGGCCACGCGCGACCCGUUCAAAGCACUCCGCGUGCUCAAGUCGAGCAACGGCGAGGACUAUAGGGUCUUUGUGCGCACCUUGGCUGCUACCCAGACCAUCAUUGCGCUGCUCGCCAUUACCAACUACCACGUCCAGAUCGUCAACCGCAUAUCCUCAGGAUAUCCCAUCUGGUACUGGUGGGUAGCCAGCUGCCUAAUUGACGAAAAGCGGCAGGCGCUAGGCCGGAGGAUCUUUAUCUUUAUGGUCAUGUACGCGGGAGUCCAGAGCGGACUGUUCUCCUCUUUCUUGCCCCCUGCUUGA